CCUUCCUUUGUUAAACUUGCUUUUCCAAUCUAUUCCAAGUGAUGGGCGGCAUAAACAUCGAACUCCGAAGAUUUUCCUAUAGAUUAAGAUUAUAGAUGGCUUCUGCUGUUAUUUGGGACCGUGGUAUAUGUUACGGGGUCACUUUACCAGUUCUCAAAAUUCAUAAUAUCGAGACAAAAGUGAAAAAAAGAAGAAGUUCGAUUAGGAGAGCCGUGGGAAGAAAACAAACAAACUAGGAUUUAAUCACGAUUCGUCGAUAGUGGAAGGAGACGAUCUUGGGUUUCAGAUAGAAGCUACUCCUAGGUCCUAAUACAAAUUUAAGAUUGGUCCUGAAUACCCUGAUAUUGGUAAUCAACGAUUAGCUAUUCUGAUAUCUGUCGUAAACUACCAUUGACGGCAAUAUCAAUUGUCAGAGUUAGUCAUCGUUUCCAGAAAAAAUCUUAAUCAGCGAGAGGGAGGUACUAGAUUUCAGUUUACUUGCCAAGCUAGUGAAUUAUAGUGGUGAAUCUUUGUUACCAACUUCUAAGAUCUCAAUUGUUCCUGCUCACUGGUGAGCUGGUUGUUAGACUCGAAUACUUUAAUCGCGGAAAGAACAGUAGAAAACUCCUAAAGUACUGUCCUUACUUAUGGAGCAACCAUUGGACCUCUCCCCCCGAGCACUUGAAAGUUCAGGAAGUUCUAAUAUUCACGAGUCCACAAAUGUUAGUCGGGUUAGGAAGCUAUUGUUCCACCGUAUGCUUGUUGGGAUCAAUGAUGGACGGUUCUUUUAUGGUGCUUUCCACUGCUUAGACAAGCAAGGAAAUAUUAUAUUACAAGAUGCAGUGGAGUAUCGUAGCAUCCGAAGCUCCUCAGCUUCUCCUAUGGAGCAACGGUCUCUUGGCCUCAUUCUUAUACCUUCAUCAUGCAGAAAAUCUUGCCAUAUCGACAACGAAGCCAUUGAAGAACAAUUAUCACAAUUGUCACUUGAGAAAUAAGGGUAAGCUUUACCAAACACUUGCAUGAAACUGUUUUCAAGAUUUCGAUUGUUCUUCGUUGCUUGAUAGUUGUCAUACCUCCAGAUGUUAAGCACAAAAAGAGCAGGUAGGUAACUCAUCAAACUACUGUCACACAUAUGGAGUAUGCCGGCAUUGGAAUUUUCUUUAUAGUCGUUUUCUUCUUCUCAUUGGAACAUUGUACAUUAAACUCUUAAAGGGCUGCUAUAGUUGUCUUUUUCUUCUAUUUAAAACUGUUCCAGAGUUGUGGCCGGUUAAAGAAAAGAUGGGUGUUUAACUUCAAACAUACUUUUUGAUGCAAAUUUGUGGUUUGGGCUUCUCUACA